AUGUCGUACAUGCUCCAGCAUCUUCACUCUGGCUGGCAGGUGGACCAGGCCAUCUUGACGGAGGAGGAGCGAUUGGUGUGCAUCCGCUUCGGGCAUGACUACGACCCCGAGUGUAUGAAGAUGGACGAACAGCUCUACAAGGUUGCUGAAGACGUGAAGAAUUUUUGUGUCAUUUAUCUUGUAGACACCACAGAGGUCCCCGAUUUUACGACGAUGUAUGAGCUCUACGACCCCGUCACCGUCAUGUUCUUCUACAGAAACAAACACAUGAUGAUUGACCUCGGGACAGGUAACAACAACAAAAUCAACUGGGCGCUGAACAACAAGCAGGAGCUGAUCGACAUCAUCGAGUGUAUCUACAGAGGCGCCCGAAAAGGCCGAGGACUGGUAAUUUCUCCGAAGGAUUACUCGACGAAGUAUCGCUACUAGUUGCCAUUCGCCUUCGUCGUUUUUGUUUUCUCUGUUUCCAAGAUAUCCGCCCAUCGACAACUGGUCGUUGAGAGACACAAAGUCAGAGGGCAUCGGGAGUCCAAGAAUAGAGCGGAGCUGUUUCUCCUCAUCCAGACUGCGCGCGUUCUUGCAUGGGGGGAUUGAUUUGUGUCUUUGCAAGUUUCGCGCGUCUCGCCUUUUGAACAGACACCCAGGCGGGAUGGCAGACUCGCGCACGAUUGAGUUGCCAGGUUUUUCUCCUUCCUCUUUCUGUUCGAUUUUGGUCGUUCGUCUCCUGUGCCGCUUUCAGCUCUCUUCAUGGCAACUUGUCGAGAUGAAAUGUCGCUUCUCUGUG